GUACCUUUGGGGCUGGCCUUCUCAAGGAAGCCCAGCUCCCCGUGAUUGAGAAUGAAGUGUGCAAUCGCUAUGAGUUUCUGAAUGGAAGAGUCAAAUCCACUGAGCUCUGUGCUGGGCAUUUGGCUGGAGGCAUUGACAGUUGCAAGCUGCACCUGAGCAAAGCCAUGUGGUCCAGGAUUGCUACCAUGGUGAUGGACAGAGUUAUCGAGGCACGUACUCCACCACUGUCACAGGAAGGACCUGCCAAGCUUGGUCAUCUAUGACACCACAUCAACAUAAUAGGACCACAGAAAACUACCCAAAUGCUGGCUUGAUCAUGAACUACUGCAGGAAUCCAGAUCCUGUGGCAGCCCCUUAUUGUUAUACAACGGAUCCCAGUGUCAGGAGGGAGUACUGCAACCUGACACAAUGCUCAGACGCAGAAGGGACUGCCAUCGUGCCUCCCACUGUUACCCCAGUUCCAAGCCUAGAGGCUCUUUCCGAACAAGCACCGACUGAGCAAAGGCCUGGGGUGCAGGAGUGCUACCACGGUAAUGGACACAGUUAUCGAGGCACAUACUCCACCACUGUCACAGGAAGAACCUGCCAAGCUUGGUCAUCUAGGACACCACACUCGCAUCGUCGGACCCCAGAAUACUACCCAAAUGCUGGCUUGAUCAUGAACUACUGCAGGAAUCCAGAUCCUGUGGCAGCCCCUUAUUGUUAUACGACGGAUCCCAGUGUCAGGUGGGAGUACUGCAACCUGACACAAUGCUCAGAGGCAGAAGGGACUGCCGUCGCGCCUCCGACUGUUACCCCGGUUCCAAGCCUAGAGGCUCCUUCCGAACAAGCACCGACUGAGCAAAGGCCUGGGGUGCAGGAGUGCUACCACGGUAAUGGACACAGUUAUCGAGGCACAUACUCCACCACUGUCACAGGAAGAACCUGCCAAGCUUGGUCAUCUAGGACACCACACUCGCAUCGUCGGACCCCAGAAUACUACCCAAAUGCUGGCUUGAUCAUGAACUACUGCAGGAAUCCAGAUCCUGUGGCAGCCCCUUAUUGUUAUACGACGGAUCCCAGUGUCAGGUGGGAGUACUGCAACCUGACACAAUGCUCAGAGGCAGAAGGGACUGCCGUCGCGCCUCCGACUGUUACCCCGGUUCCAAGCCUAGAGGCUCCUUCCGAACAAGCACCGACUGAGCAAAGGCCUGGGGUGCAGGAGUGCUACCACGGUAAUGGACACAGUUAUCGAGGCACAUACUCCACCACUGUCACAGGAAGAACCUGCCAAGCUUGGUCAUCUAGGACACCACACUCGCAUCGUCGGACCCCAGAAUACUACCCAAAUGCUGGCUUGAUCAUGAACUACUGCAGGAAUCCAGAUCCUGUGGCAGCCCCUUAUUGUUAUACGACGGAUCCCAGUGUCAGGUGGGAGUACUGCAACCUGACACAAUGCUCAGAGGCAGAAGGGACUGCCGUCGCGCCUCCGACUGUUACCCCGGUUCCAAGCCUAGAGGCUCCUUCCGAACAAGCACCGACUGAGCAAAGGCCUGGGGUGCAGGAGUGCUACCACGGUAAUGGACACAGUUAUCGAGGCACAUACUCCACCACUGUCACAGGAAGAACCUGCCAAGCUUGGUCAUCUAGGACACCACACUCGCAUCGUCGGACCCCAGAAUACUACCCAAAUGCUGGCUUGAUCAUGAACUACUGCAGGAAUCCAGAUCCUGUGGCAGCCCCUUAUUGUUAUACGACGGAUCCCAGUGUCAGGUGGGAGUACUGCAACCUGACACAAUGCUCAGAGGCAGAAGGGACUGCCGUCGCGCCUCCGACUGUUACCCCGGUUCCAAGCCUAGAGGCUCCUUCCGAACAAGCACCGACUGAGCAAAGGCCUGGGGUGCAGGAGUGCUACCACGGUAAUGGACACAGUUAUCGAGGCACAUACUCCACCACUGUCACAGGAAGAACCUGCCAAGCUUGGUCAUCUAGGACACCACACUCGCAUCGUCGGACCCCAGAAUACUACCCAAAUGCUGGCUUGAUCAUGAACUACUGCAGGAAUCCAGAUCCUGUGGCAGCCCCUUAUUGUUAUACGACGGAUCCCAGUGUCAGGUGGGAGUACUGCAACCUGACACAAUGCUCAGAGGCAGAAGGGACUGCCGUCGCGCCUCCGACUGUUACCCCGGUUCCAAGCCUAGAGGCUCCUUCCGAACAAGCACCGACUGAGCAAAGGCCUGGGGUGCAGGAGUGCUACCACGGUAAUGGACACAGUUAUCGAGGCACAUACUCCACCACUGUCACAGGAAGAACCUGCCAAGCUUGGUCAUCUAGGACACCACACUCGCAUCGUCGGACCCCAGAAUACUACCCAAAUGCUGGCUUGAUCAUGAACUACUGCAGGAAUCCAGAUCCUGUGGCAGCCCCUUAUUGUUAUACGACGGAUCCCAGUGUCAGGUGGGAGUACUGCAACCUGACACAAUGCUCAGAGGCAGAAGGGACUGCCGUCGCGCCUCCGACUGUUACCCCGGUUCCAAGCCUAGAGGCUCCUUCCGAACAAGCACCGACUGAGCAAAGGCCUGGGGUGCAGGAGUGCUACCACGGUAAUGGACACAGUUAUCGAGGCACAUACUCCACCACUGUCACAGGAAGAACCUGCCAAGCUUGGUCAUCUAGGACACCACACUCGCAUCGUCGGACCCCAGAAUACUACCCAAAUGCUGGCUUGAUCAUGAACUACUGCAGGAAUCCAGAUCCUGUGGCAGCCCCUUAUUGUUAUACGACGGAUCCCAGUGUCAGGUGGGAGUACUGCAACCUGACACAAUGCUCAGAGGCAGAAGGGACUGCCGUCGCGCCUCCGACUGUUACCCCGGUUCCAAGCCUAGAGGCUCCUUCCGAACAAGCACCGACUGAGCAAAGGCCUGGGGUGCAGGAGUGCUACCACGGUAAUGGACACAGUUAUCGAGGCACAUACUCCACCACUGUCACAGGAAGAACCUGCCAAGCUUGGUCAUCUAGGACACCACACUCGCAUCGUCGGACCCCAGAAUACUACCCAAAUGCUGGCUUGAUCAUGAACUACUGCAGGAAUCCAGAUCCUGUGGCAGCCCCUUAUUGUUAUACGACGGAUCCCAGUGUCAGGUGGGAGUACUGCAACCUGACACAAUGCUCAGAGGCAGAAGGGACUGCCGUCGCGCCUCCGACUGUUACCCCGGUUCCAAGCCUAGAGGCUCCUUCCGAACAAGCACCGACUGAGCAAAGGCCUGGGGUGCAGGAGUGCUACCACGGUAAUGGACACAGUUAUCGAGGCACAUACUCCACCACUGUCACAGGAAGAACCUGCCAAGCUUGGUCAUCUAGGACACCACACUCGCAUCGUCGGACCCCAGAAUACUACCCAAAUGCUGGUUUGAUCAUGAACUACUGCAGGAAUCCAGAUCCUGUGGCAGCCCCUUAUUGUUAUACGACGGAUCCCAGUGUCAGGUGGGAGUACUGCAACCUGACACAGUGCUCAGAGGCAGAAGGGACUGCCGUCGCGCCUCCGACUGUUACCCCGGUUCCAAGCCUAGAGGCUCCUUCCGAACAAGCACCAACUGAGCAACGGCCUGAGGUGCAGGAGUGCUACCACGGUAAUGGACACAGUUAUCGAGGCACAUACUCCACCACUGUCACAGGAAGAACCUGCCAAGCUUGGUCAUCUAUGACACCACACUCGCAUAGUCGGACCCCAGAAUACUACCCAAAUGCUGGCUUGAUCAUGAACUACUGCAGGAAUCCAGAUCCUGUGGCAGCCCCUUAUUGUUAUACGAUGGAUCCCAGUGUCAGGUGGGAGUACUGCAACCUGACACAAUGCUCAGACGCAGAAGGGACUGCCGUCGCGCCUCCGACUGUUACUCCGCUUCCAAGCCUAGAGGCUCUUUCCGAACAAGCACCGACUAAGCAAAGACCUGGGGUGCAGGAGUGCUACCACGGUAAUGGACACAGUUAUCGAGGCACAUACUUCAAGACUGUCACAGGAAGAACCUGCCAAGCUUGGUCAUCUAUGACACCACACUCGCAUAGUCGGACCCCAGAAUACUAUCCAAAUGCUGGCUUGAUCAUGAACUACUGCAGGAAUCCAGAUCCUGUGGCAGCCCCUUAUUGUUAUACGACGGAUCCCAGUGUCAGGUGGGAGUACUGCAACCUGACACAAUGCUCAGACGCAGAAGGGACUGCAGUCGCGCCUCCGACUGUUACCCCGCUUCCAAGCCUAGAGGCUCCUUCCGAACAAGCACCGACUAAGCAAAGGCCUGGGGUGCAGGAGUGCUACCACGGUAAUGGACACGGUUAUCGAGGCACAUACUCCACCACUGUCACAGGAAGAACCUGCCAAGCUUGGUCAUCUAUGACACCACACUCGCAUAGUCGGACCCCAGAAUACUACCCAAAUGCUGGCUUGAUCAUGAACUACUGCAGGAAUCCAGAUCCUGUGGCAGCCCCUUAUUGUUAUACGACGGAUCCCAGUGUCAGGUGGGAGUACUGCAACCUGACACAAUGCUCAGACGCAGAAGGGACUGCCGUCGCGCCUCCAACUAUUACCCCGGUUCGAAGCCUAGAGGCUCCUUCUGAACAAGCACCAACUGAGCAAAGGCCUGGGGUGCAGGAGUGCUACCACGGUAAUGGACAGAGUUAUCGAGGCACAUACUUCAUUACUGUCACAGGAAGAACCUGCCAAGCUUGGUCAUCUAUGACACCACACUCGCAUAGUCGGACCCCAGCAUACUACCCAAAUGCUGGCUUGAUCAAGAACUACUGCCGAAAUCCAGAUCCUGUGGCAGCCCCUUGGUGUUAUACGACAGAUCCCAGUGUCAGGUGGGAGUACUGCAACCUGACACGAUGCUCAGAUGCAGAAUGGACUGCCUUCAUCCCUCCGAAUGUUAUUCCGGCUCCAAGCCUAGAGGCUUUUUUUGAACAAGCACCGACUGAGGAAACCCCCGGGGUACGGGACUGCUACUACCAUUAUGGACAGAGUUACCGAGGCACAUACUCCACCACUGUCACAGGAAGAACUUGCCAAGCUUGGUCAUCUAUGACACCACACCAGCAUAGUCGGACCCCAGAAAACUACCCAAAUGCUGGCCUGACCAGGAACUACUGCAGGAAUCCAGAUGCUGAGAUUCGCCCUUGGUGUUACACCAGGGAUCCCAGUGUCAGGUGGGAGUACUGCAACCUGACACAAUGCCUGGUGACAGAAUCAAGUGUCCUUGCAACUCUCACGGUGGUCCCAGAUCCAAGCACAGAGGCUUCUUCUGAAGAAGCACCAACGGAGCAAAGCCCCGGGGUCCAGGAUUGCUACCAUGGUGAUGGACAGAGUUAUCGAGGCUCAUUCUCUACCACUGUCACAGGAAGGACAUGUCAGUCUUGGUCCUCUAUGACACCACACUGGCAUCAGAGGACAACAGAAUAUUAUCCAAAUGGUGGCCUGACCAGGAACUACUGCAGGAAUCCAGAUGCUGAGAUUAGCCCUUGGUGUUAUACCAUGGAUCCCAAUGUCAGAUGGGAGUACUGCAACCUGACACAAUGUCCAGUGACAGAAUCAAGUGUCCUUGCGACAUCCAUGGCUGUUUCUGAACAAGCACCAACGGAGCAAAGCCCCGGGGUCCAGGACUGCUACCAUGGUGAUGGACAGAGUUAUCGAGGCUCAUUCUCCACCACUGUUACAGGAAGGACAUGUCAGUCUUGGUCCUCUAUGACACCACACUGGCAUCAGAGAACCACAGAAUACUACCCAAAUGGUGGCCUGACCAGGAACUACUGCAGGAAUCCAGAUGCUGAGAUUCGCCCUUGGUGUUAUACCAUGGAUCCCAGUGUCAGAUGGGAGUACUGCAACCUGACGCAAUGUCCAGUGAUGGAAUCAACUGUCCUCACAAAUCCCACGGUGGUCCCAGUUCCAAGCACAGAGGUUCCUUCUGAAGAAGCACCAACUGAAAACAGCCCUGGGGUCCAGGACUGCUACCGAGGUGAUGGACAGAGUUAUCGAGGCACACUCUCCACCACUAUCACAGGAAGAACAUGUCAGUCUUGGUCGUCUAUGACACCACAUUGGCAUCGGAGGAUCCCAUUAUACUAUCCAAAUGCUGGCCUGGCCAGGAACUACUGCAGGAAUCCAGAUGCUGAGAUUCGCCCUUGGUGUUACACCCUGGAUCCCAGUGUCAGGUGGGAGUACUGCAACCUGACACAAUGUCCAGUGACAGAAUCGAGUGUCCUCACAACUCCCACAGUGGCCCCAGUUCCAAGCACAGAGGCUGCUUCUGAACAAGCACCACCUAAGAAAAGCCCUGUGGUCCAGGAUUGCUACCAUGGUGAUGGACGGAGUUAUCGUGGCAUAUCCUCCACCACUGUCACAGGAAGGACCUGUCAAUCUUGGUCAUCUAUGAUACCACACUGGCAUCAGAGGACCCCAGAAAACUACCCAAAUGCUGGCCUGACCGGGAACUACUGCAGGAAUCCAGAUUCUGGGAAACAACCCUGGUGUUACACAACUGAUCCGUGUGUGAGGUGGGAGUACUGCAAUCUGACACAAUGCUCAGAAACAGAAUCAGGUGUCCUAGAGACUCCCACUGUUGUUCCAGUUCCAAGCAUGGAGGCUCAUUCUGAAGCAGCACCAACUGAGCAAACCCCUGUGGUCCGGCAGUGCUACCAUGGUAAUGGACAGAGUUAUCGAGGCACAUUCUCCACCACUGUCACAGGAAGGACAUGUCAAUCUUGGUCAUCCAUGACACCACACCAGCAUCAGAGGACCCCAGAAAACUACCCAAAUGAUGGCUUGACAAUGAACUACUGCAGGAAUCCAGAUGCGAAUACAGGCCCUUGGUGUUUUACCACGGACCCCAGCGUCAGGUGGGAGUACUGCAACCUGACGCGAUGCUCAGACACAGAAGGGACUGUGGUCGCUCCUCCGACUGUUAUCCAGGUUCCAAGCCUAGAGGCUCCUUCCGAACAAGACUGUAUGUUUGGGAAUGGGAAAGGAUACCGGGGCAAGAAGGCAACCACUGUUACUGGGACGCCAUGCCAGGAAUGGGCUGCCCAGGAGCCCCAUAGACACAGCAAGUUCAUUCCAGGGACAAGUAAAUGGGCAGGUCUGGAAAAAAAUUACUGCCGUAACCCUGAUGGUGACAUCAAUGGUCCCUGGUGCUACACAAUGAAUCCAAGAAAACUUUUUGACUACUGUGAUAUCCCUCUCUGUGCAUCCUCUUCAUUUGAUUGUGGGAAGCCUCAAGUGGAGCCGAAGAAAUGUCCUGGAAGCAUUGUAGGGGGGUGUGUGGCCCACCCACAUUCCUGGCCCUGGCAAGUCAGUCUUAGAACAAGGUUUGGAAAGCACUUCUGUGGAGGCACCUUAAUAUCCCCAGAGUGGGUGCUGACUGCUGCUCACUGCUUGAAGAAGUCCUCAAGGCCUUCAUCCUACAAGGUCAUCCUGGGUGCACACCAAGAAGUGAAUCUCGAAUCUCAUGUUCAGGAAAUAGAAGUGUCUAGGCUGUUCUUGGAGCCCACACAAGCAGAUAUUGCCUUGCUAAAGCUAAGCAGGCCUGCCGUCAUCACUGACAAAGUAAUGCCAGCUUGUCUGCCAUCCCCAGACUACAUGGUCACCGCCAGGACUGAAUGUUACAUCACUGGCUGGGGAGAAACCCAAGGUACCUUUGGGACUGGCCUUCUCAAGGAAGCCCAGCUCCUUGUGAUUGAGAAUGAAGUGUGCAAUCAGUAUAAGUAUAUUUGUGCUGAGCAUUUGGCCGGAGGCACUGAUAGUUGCCAGGGUGACAGUGGAGGGCCUCUGGUUUGCUUCGAGAAGGACAAAUACAUUUUACAAGGAGUCACUUCUUGGGGUCUUGGCUGCGCACGCCCCAAUAAGCCUGGUGUCUAUGCUCGUGUUUCAAGGUUUGUUACUUGGAUUGAGGGAAUGAUGAGAAAUAAUUAAUUGGACGGGAGACAGAGUGAAGCAUCAACCUACUUAGAAGCUGAAACGUGGGUAAGGAUUUAGCAUGCUGGAAAUAAUAGACAGCAAUCAAACGAAGACACUGUUCCCAGCUGCCAGCUAUGCCAAACCUUGGCAUUUUUGGUAUUUUUGUGUAUAAGCUUUUAAGGUCUGACAAAUUCUGUAUUAAGGUGUCAUAGCUAUGACAUUUGUUAAAAAUAAACUCUGCACUUAUUUUGAUUUGAA